CCUCUCUGCGAAUUCUGUCAUGAGAACCAGUCAUUUUCCGUUCUGCCUUUCUCUCUCAUCCUUGCUGCUCUUUGCCCUUCUGCCUGACUGCGUCGCUGUGAGUCAGCCUUCAUAAGGCUCCUGCCUGGCAAGCUCGGCCACAGCUUGUACCUACCUGCUCGCUGGGCUGUUUUCGUACUUUUCUCUUUUGCCUUCUUUCUCUCCUGCAACCUCAAACUCUCUGGUUUGACCUUGCUAUCUCUUGGUUCUCUCCCUCGAGCGCUGCGAUACCCAAAGUAUUCGUCGAGGAUGGCGAAAGACCCGUUGCCAAACUCCUCUAUGAGCAUGGAAAGCCAGUUGUGUGAGACUAGCGACGAGAGGCGCGGUCGUGCUAGGGGCAAUUUUCACCGGGUUGAGAAAUACCUCGUCUCCUUCUUGGGUUGGGCACACCCAAAGGUGGCUCGUGCGGACCCUCGACAUCAUACCGUCUGGCUUUUCAACAGUACGGCCUUCCAGCCUCGAACGCAGACCCGCCUGGAUCAUCCUGACACAUGGCAAACCGAGGUGGUAGCUGCGAUAUUUGAAAAGCAUAGCCGUCAGGAUCUAGGGAAACUGAUCGCUCUCAUCGCCGACCUGGUUGGCUUGGACGGAAAAGCUGGCGAAGACCCCGUGGUCCGUCAACGGAUAGCAGAACGACUUCAACCGUUCGUUAGCGAAGUUGCGCCCGCUCGAUUCGUAGAACUAGACGUCGCCCUCACGCCCGCCGAUGGGAAUAAGUAUAAACUCAAUCCUUCCAACCCACACGGUAUCAUAUCACAUGCAAUCCGUAUAGGAUCCUACCAAUUUAUCAAAGAUGGCACUGUCAUAUCGUCGUCACUGAGCAACUGGCCUCAACCUGUAACGAUGAGCACCACCUUUGCGGCCCCAGAGGGCUGGCUGGUUGUUUCCGAUAUUGACGACACCAUCAAAUACACCAUGACCCCAGAUGCGAUUGGGAUUCUCCGAACCACCUUUGCGGAAGAACCGAAAUCCGUACGUGGCAUGCCUCAGCUUUAUGUUCACGUCCAAAACCAGCUCCAGCCAACAUGGUUCUAUCUAUCCGCAUCUCCCUAUAACCUCUAUCCGUUCCUGCGCUCGUUCCUUGAGCAGAACUAUCCGCCGGGCACCAUGAUACUGCGAGAAAACUCGUGGCAGUCUCUAGCAGGCUUACUGAAAUCAUUCACGCAGGCGACACAAGAAUACAAAGCCGACCGCAUGCAAAAGAUUCAGCGCUGGUUUCCAAAAAGAAAGAUCUUGUGUAUUGGAGAUUCGACCCAGAGCGAUCCGGAGGCAUAUGCAGAGAUGUAUGAGAAACACGGUCCAUGGAUCAAAGCUAUAUUCAUCAGGAAGGUGAUGGGCUUGCCCAAUAUGGAAGAGAAAAACAGCCCUGAGAGGUUUGACAAAGCGUUUAAGAAAGUUCCUCGAACGGUUUGGAGAGUAUUUGAGGAUCCAGAAGAGCUAUAUGGGCCCGUCAACGAGCUGCACCACCUUUACCCUUCGAGGCAAUGA